UUUUGAGUUUUAAUGCACAAGCAGUUAAGUCAUUCUUUUUAAAAAUUACUUUUAUUCGAAAAGUAAAUGAUUAUAAUAAACCAACUCAUUGUAUACAGUUUUAAAAAUAUUUUUUUCACUGAUUGUUUAGAGUUAAAUGUAAGUACUUUCAUAAUUUAUAUAGAGCAACAUGGAGAAUUGGAGACAUGUUGAUACUUUAGGGUUUAAGCAUUUAUUUCAUUAUGAAUGAAUGAAUUCCAUAGUUUGCUGUGCUUAAUUCUAGAUUGUUCCCCAAUCAUCGUGUUUGAGCAGGGAAUGAAGAAUGAUAGAAGAGGAAAGAGGAAACAAUGAUAAAUUUAAGCAAAAGACACUCUCACUUCUGAGUUUGGCAGUUUCUAAUCGUUACAUGGCACAGCUGAAGACAACUAAAACUUCCCUUUAGACUGGCGAAGAUGCCCAGACUGGCAUUUCCCUCCUGCAUUGGACACAAUAUAGCUUGCUUUCAACAUUUCAGCGGAUUGGAGUAAAACUGCAAUCAUUUUGAUUUGCGAGUAUGACAGGACUUUUGUUACUUCAUUUACUUUUCCAAGCUGCUUUAGGAUGGGAAGUGAGAAUGCCAAAAGACAUUCAUGGUCUCCAAGGUUCCUGUCUGGUGAUUCCAUGUUCUUUCAGCUACACAUUAUACCCACCCAAAAACCCACGCAGAGUUGUGUGGUAUCAGUGGGUUCCUGAAGGUUAUCCUCUAGUUUAUGAUCCUUGGAAUGCAAAUGAAGUGAUUGAGAAGUUCAGAGGAACAACAGAUUUAUAUGGAAACUCAAGUUGGGAUUGCAGUCUGCUGAUCAGAAACCUGGAACAGUCCCACCAUGGAGAGAAAAUAUACACAUGGAUUGACCCCGAAAAUGUUGGAUGGCGCACUUACAAAUUUUAUGACGUCACCUCUACAAUUCUAGUGGAUGCACGUCCACAGCCACCCAGCAUUAAUAUUUAUGGAGGGGAAAGGCCCGGUGAAACUAUUACAGUUGUGUGUUCAGCUUUCCACACGUGUCCAUACAGCAAACCAAACCUCAUUCUGAACGGCAUUGAAGGAUCUGACCAAAUAGACAAUGAGCACAUUGAAGGCGGCCUGUGGAAAAUCUCUCUGACACGUACAGGUGUCGCAAAAGCAGAAAGCUCAACUACUGAGUGUUCAGUAACCUAUUAUGGUGGCAUAACAGUGGUGACUAUGAAGGAGAAAACGGCACAAGCAAGUGUCCUUAAUGAGCAAGACCCAGCGCACUCUGAACUGAAGAAUGUUGUGGUUCACAUACUCGCUCCAUUACUUGCUGUGUUCCUCCUUACUUGCAUAAUUGCUGGAUUCAUCAUAUACAAGAGGCGACAGCAACAACCUCUUAUUGGUGCACAAGAGUCGCAUACACAACUUGAAGAGAGGAGAUCACACUGGAACACAUUUUCAAGGAGAUUUAUUAGAUCUGAAGGAAGAGCUGCUUGGAAUAACAGGGGAAACAGGAGUGAUACUAGAACGAAGGUAUGCGCUGUAUCAGAAAACAAGCCUUUCUCCAAACCUCGUAUGCCAUCACCAAAGAGUGAGCAAAGACCAAUCUCAGGUCAUGAUUAUGAGGCUGAAUACACCGUUGUAGAUGAUCUUGGCAUGUAUGGAAACAUCCUAUAAUAAUGCAAAAAAAGAGGAUUCAGCACAUUUGUUUUAACUCAAUAGAUAUAUAAAU